UUCUUAGGGGACCUCAAGCCGAGAUUUGGCGAGUGCCACUAGAGGUAUUCCAGGCGGAUGGCAUCUCCCCACGGGAGGAGUCUCCUCUCCGUCUGGAGCCUCUAGACCACUCGAAUCUAAGUUACGUCAGUCAGUCGGAUCGGCAUAUUUUUGUGGUACCUUCAAGUUGCUUCAUGUUGUGCUUUGUGGAAUGGAAAAGAAACACAAACAAUAGUUUUAUUAAAUAAAAUUACGUACAUGUGUGAUUAGUACACAGAAAUAUUCAAGUAUGAAUAACUCAUAUAAUAUAUUUGAUGAAACGUACGAAGACUUGUCGUUUAGCAACACUGGAAAGAAGGACGACAGUAUUUGUAGUCAGUUAGCAGAUUUUGAAAAACUCCGAAUAUCUGCACUAACAAAAGCUGCAGAAAUAAGUCCACUUGUAAAGGAAGUAACGAUAGGACCAAAUAGCCCUAUCAAAAAACAAAUAAUUACCAAUGACACAACAAAGGAAACAUGUGAAAAACAGGAAGAUUUGAUGGAAGACCUAUGCAAAGAAGAUUUACGUUACACACUUCUGCGAAAAAAAUAUGACAUCAAAUUACAAGAAAGUACAGAAGAGUUAUUUAAAGAUCUUGUUGAAAGAAUGAUAGCAAACCGAGCAGAGGCCAUGAGCAGGUACUGGAAAAAGCAAAGUGAAGAAUGUGAAAGAAGAGCAUUAGAACAUAGGAGACGAAAAUUGUUGCUUCUAAAAGGGCUCCAAGAUAAUGACAACCUUUCAGUCUUAGAAAAGGCAAAGUUUGAUGAGCAACAAAGUCAUAUAAAAAAUCAACAAAUUAUUGAUAACAUGAACAAAAUAUUAGAGGAACAAAAUAAAGCCACUGCCCGCCUUGGUUCUAUUACAGAGAGUCAUGCAAAAGUUUGUAUUUGUUACAAUGAAUUAACAAAUCUGUUGCAAAGUGAACCACUUGCAAAGAAUGUAUAUGAUAAUUACAUUACAUCUAUUAAUACCAUUAUAAAAAAUAUGAAUAUAAUCAUGGAAUAUUGUAAAACAGGAGCAAUUACUGAUAAGGAGGUAAAACAAUCUGAAAUAAUGGCUUUGAAUAUAGAAAACAUAAGAAACAAGUUUCUGAAUGAUAUACAUGAUUUAAAACAACAAGAAAUUGUAAAAAAAGAAAAGGAAGUGGAAGAGGCCAAAAAGAAAGAACUACAACAGAAACUAGAACUUGAAAUGAAAAAAGAGCAAGAAGCUAAAGCUUUGAUUAUCGCAAACCAAAAGAAUCAAGACAAACCUAAUAAGCCAAUGUUUUAUUCCGCUAAAAACUAUAAUUAUUAUUUGGAACUGAAGAGUUUUCUUGACACCUAUGAAAGUCAAUACAAAGAGCUUUUAGAAAAUUCUAACUUGAAGAAAUUUAGAUUUGACUGUCAAAAAGCGGUAAACACUCCAGUCAAUGCCUUAUCAUCUGUAAGUGGAUCUCAUAUGAGAGAUAAAUAUGAUAAGUUAUCAAAAUUGCUCAAAGGAGAAAGAGUUCAAGUAUUAGAUACUUUUGUAACGGCAACCCAACAUCCUCAAGGGCUAUAUUAUUGUACUGCAUUAUUAGCUAAAAAGAUUGUGCGACAAGGUGAGCUUUUGGUGUCAAGUAACCCAGAGGCAGCAUUUCCCCUAGCAGCUGUGACUGUUGCACUUUGGUCUCAAUUCCCAACAUUUGGUAAACUAUUGGAAGCAAAUUUUCAUAGACAAUGUCCAUACUCAGUCCCAAUGUUCCUGCCCCAAAAGGAAGGUCAAACAGACAUGGAAUUCUAUUUGUCAAGAGGCUAUACAUACAAUGAAGAAGGACUAGUAGAGAAACAGGAUAAAUUUCUUAAGAGAAUGUCAGGAAUAUUUAGACUUUAUUGCGCCAUUUGGAUAACUUUACCUCCGAGAUUUGUUAAUGCAACAAAUCCUCAUGGAAUUAGAUAUGGUUGGCAAUGGUUAGCAUCAUUCAUUAAUUUGAAACCAGAGCCAGAUAUUAGUGCUACAUUGCUACAUGACUUUUUCACUGUGUGUGGUUCUGAUUUUUUUAAAUUUUAUAGAAAACAGUUUACAAAAAUUAUAAAAUUGAUAAGUGUAGAUUAUUUGAAAAUACUAGAUAAUAUUGAUGAAGGUGGUCCUAAGACAAGACUCGAAGUAUUUUUACAAAAUAUUUUAAAGUCUGGCCAAAUUGCGCCACCCAAUGGAUUGUUGCCACCUAACACAUGGUAAAUAUUUUUUUUUAUUUUAAGAUUUAAUAAUUAUUUAAGGACAAAUCAUCAUUAAAUUUAAUAAAAUUAAAGUUGACAUAGUAAUUAUACAAGUUGAUUAAAUGGCAUGUCAUAGCUUUUAUUUUUGUUUUUUUUUAAAUUCCUCAAUGUCUUUAUGGCUUUGCAAACCUGGAGGUCAAUCGCCUUACGUAAUUGCUAUGGGUAUCGCUAUCGCUUAAAUUUCACUUUGUUAUUUCUGACCACCGAAGGUUUUCAAAUACCUUACGCUCAAUGUCUUUAUUAUUGUUGUUAACAAUACAAAAGAAAAACCGAGUGCGGGGCAUUUGAAAACCUUCGGCAGUCGGAAAUAACAAAACAAAUAAGCGAUAACCAUAGCAAUUCCAUUAGGCGAAUGGCACCCAGACCAUAUUUACAUAAAAAAGUUGUGAUAAUAAUAAUUUCACUGAAAUAGAGUGCCUGCAUUAGAGCGAGUACAGCAAUUAAAGUUUCCAGUGUAUUUACUUUUCUCUAUGAAUUAAAGCCAGAGGCACUCAAUAAUGGUUGCUUUCCAAUUACAGCAUUAUUGCGCAUUAUGCGACAUAAUGCUUAGCGUUGAGUGUUCCAACUACAGCAACGCUUCGCACAAUUGAGCACUCUCAAAAGUGAUGCUUUCGUGUGAUGCGUGCAAUGGUACCAACUUAGAGACAGAAAAUUAACAAGUGUUUUUUCUUUAAG